AUGGAUGUCCUGUGGAUGACGAACUACGUGCUCACCUUCCUGUUUGUGGCCGAGCUGCUGGUACGGAUCUGGGUGUUCAGGUUGGAUUUCUUUGUCGUGGAUCGGUUGUGGAAUGUUUUCGAUACCAUCAUCGUGUUGCUGGCGGCUGUCGAGGUUGCUCUGGAUAUUGCUUUGCACACGUUCUCGCACAGCACCGGCAAUCCCUUCGAUAACGGUGGAACGGCGAAGAUACUCCGCCUCGUUCGCCUCACUCGGCUUCUUCGGCUCGUUCGCACAUUUCGCCAGCUGAAACCCUUGCGGAUGUUGGUGCAAUCUAUCGCAUUCGCCGGUAAAUCUGUUUUCUGGGCACUCAUGCUGCUCCUCAUGAUCCUAUACGCUGUUGGAGUCGUCUUGACACAAGCCGUGACGGAGUACACCAAGGGUGGCAAGCGAGUCGAUGAUGAGAUUUUGAUAUCUUUCUAUGGGGACCUCUACCGGUCAAUGCUCAGUCUUUGGAUGGCUGUCUCUGGCGGAAUUAGCUGGAUCGAGCUGACCCAUCCGCUGGAGAAAACCGGGAACGAUUUGAUCAUAUGGAUGUUCUUGUUCUACCUGGGCCGGCGAAUUGUGUUCGUGUAUUUCUUUAUCUUAAACGUGGUUACAGGUGUCUUUUGUCAGAAUGCAUUCGAGGGGGCUCAACAAGACUUGGAGCUUACCAUUGAGAACCAGCUCAAGGAUAAACAAGUAUUCCUUGACCGGCUGACGAUGCUUUUCCGGGAGAUGAACGUGGACUCCGAUGAGACAGAUGAGCAAUGGUUGUCAGCAGCCGAGCUUAAUUUCCACCUGGAGCAGCCGAAGGUGCAGUCCUGGUUCAAGGCAUUGGACAUCGACGCGAAGCAGACGUGGAAGCUCUUCAAGAUCCUCGACCCGAACAACGACGGCCGCAUCUCCCUCGACGACUUCGUCGAGGGGUGCCUGCGGCUGAAGGGGCACGCCACGCGCGUCGACGUGGAGUCGCUGAAGUGGGAGAUCAGAGGGGCGAACAAGCGGCACGAGCAGCAGGCCCAGAAGCUCGUCGGGCUCGUCGAGGACCUCCGGGACCUGCGGGCCUCCGUGGCCAGGACGACGCAGGCCCUGGUCCUGGCCAGGACCACCGCGGCCGGCGACCGGCUGACGGUGCCCGCCGGUGGCCGCUCGGCGACCUCCCCGGACCUGACGAUCUCCGCGGCGGGGGUCCUCUCCAGGCCGCGCGGCGGGGGCAGCAGCCAGUACGACCUCUCGGGGCCGCCCUGCCGCCCCGCCGGGGACGACGACCACAGCUGA